GUGAGUCGGACUUCUGAAUCGAGCAGCUCAUAACAGUGAAUGUAUGUGAGGAGCACUGCCUUAUUCCUGUAACAAGAGAACUAUUUUGUGACAAGUGAAGCUGGGAAUGUGAAAGGAGGAAUAUCCUGUGGCUGUUUUAAAAGAAGAAGGACUUCCCUGCAUGACUUGGUGAUGCACGAGAAAAUAACUUUCAGAAGAGUGCCGCUGCAUUGUUCCUGAGGAAGUCUGUGUUUUUAACCUAUGGCAUUUCUUCAAAAGGUGUGACAACAAAGGCUGACAAGCGACUCUCCGAAAUGCCUAUACUUUAAAAAAGACUUUUGACAAUGUUAACCUUGUAUCAGGACGACCUUGGAAGCCUGUUGGGUGGAUUCAUUCCUGCAUUAAUCCUUUCAAUAUUUCAGACUCUAGGAUUUAAACUCAUCUUGAUGUGUUAGAGGUAUUUUAAAACAAAAUCAUUUUACAACCUACCCAAUGGCCCCUAUGCUAAUUGAGUACUUGCUCAAAAUAGAAUGCAGAAAUAGAAGAGACAUUUAAAAAAACAUAUGGCUGCUAUAUAACUGCAAAAAAAUGCAAACAAGGUAAAUUUCUACUUUCAGAAGAUUUAGUUCAAGUUUCUUUAUUGUGUUAAUCAUCUAAUGAAAAUAGAAAAGGCAGAGAAGUAUAGGUUAUGCUGUCUACUAGAAAUACCUAAGUAGUAAAUAAUGGCAGCAUUUCUAGUCAGAUAAGCUCAGAGUAGAUAGGAAAGUUUCCAUUAUUGUCUAAAUUUCAUGUAAAUUCACAGAUAUAUUUGAAACAUAGGUGUGGUUGCAAGGUGAGCAAUAACUUUGAGCUGUAUAUUUUAUGGUCAUGCUUCAUUUUAAGGAAGGUGGCAUAUCAGACAAUGAAAGUUAAUGAUGCUGAAAUUAAUAGCAAAAUAAUGUAUUUUUCUUUUGAAAAGGAAGAAGUAUAAAUUACAUUGUUGAUGGUAGCACCAGUAACUGUAAUAUACUAAAACUGUUUUUUUUUUUUUUCUGAGCACUUAAAAAAUGCAUGCAGAAUGAAAAGUUUGUCAUAUUUUGUCAGGUGUUAAUCCAUUACCUAUUAUCUUCCUACUGGAAAUAUGUAUUGUUUUGUUUUGUUUUUCGCAUGAAAGCUAUAUGGCAAUCUGGAGUCUGUUACCUCUGUUCUACUCCUUUGUGCCCAAAUACAGAUGAAUCUUUUGGAAUUAGCCUUUUCCAGAAAGAGGGUAGUGGUGGCAGUUCUUAGCUUCUUAAAGAAAUGAGAGAGAAAUGGACCAUAAAGUUGACCCACCAGCAUCAAACCCUCAACUGAGCCCCAAAACACUCUUUGUCACAAUGAACUCUUUCUUAGCUUUCCAACCAAAUCUGAGAUCUUAAUUAUUUAAAUUCUAAAAUAUGAAUCCACUUCUUAUGUUAGAUGAAACAGGAAUCCUGAGACAAUUUCAGACUUUUUCUUUUCUCAUUCUUUCUAGUUGAUCCUUAAGAAACAGCCUCUCUGAGGAGGACAAACAACCCACAGAAGCUUUUCUUCUCUUGGCAAUUGCUUUUUUUCUUUUUGCAGCUUUAAUUUUUUAUUGUGCAAGGUGAUAAAUCCAUUUUCCCUAGAAGUGCCUUGUGUCUGCAAAAAGUUGUUUGAGACCACCAGAGGAUGCUAAUGGUGACCUUUCUCCACCUCUGCUAUAGCUUAUUCUCCUCCCUCUCCCCUUAAAACUGAGGUGUGUCACUGCUCACUGAGGCUGAUGAAGAGACUUGAGUCCUUUCUGGGAUGCUCAGCUGUGACAGAAGCACUGCCACCAUCUCCUGAAGCUGAUUCUGAGACUCUCAGGUGCAGAGUUUAACAGAUGCUGGCAGGGCACCGGCUUGCUGUAGCCCAGGCUGCAGGUUCCCUCAAUUCCAAGCCAUGAACGAAUCCAGGUGGACUGAAUGGAGGAUCCUAAACCUGAGCAGUGGCCCUGUGAAUGUGUCUGAGCGUCACUCCUGCCCACUAGGAUUUGGCCACUACAGUGCAGUGGACAUCUGCGUCUUUGAGACAGUUGUUAUUGUCCUGCUGACAUUUCUGAUCAUUGCUGGGAAUUUAACAGUCAUCUUUGUCUUUCACUGUGCUCCACUCUUACACCAUUAUACCACCAGCUACUUCAUCCAGACGAUGGCAUAUGCUGAUCUUUUCGUUGGAGUUAGCUGCUUGGUUCCUACUCUCUCGCUUCUCCACUACUCCACAGGUAUCCACGAGUCACUGACUUGCCAGGUUUUUGGAUAUAUUAUCUCUGUUCUCAAAAGUGUUUCUAUGGCAUGUCUUGCUUGCAUAAGUGUGGAUCGUUAUCUUGCAAUCACCAAGCCUCUCUCCUACAAUCAACUGGUCACCCCUUGUCGGCUGAGAAUUUGCAUUAUUCUAAUCUGGAUCUACUCCUGCCUAAUUUUCUUGCCUUCUUUCUUUGGCUGGGGGAAACCUGGUUACCACGGUGACAUUUUUGAAUGGUGUGCCACCUCUUGGCUCACCAGUGCCUAUUUUACAGGCUUUAUUGUUUGUUUACUUUAUGCUCCUGCUGCCUUUGUUGUCUGCUUCACUUACUUCCACAUUUUCAAAAUUUGCCGGCAGCACACCAAAGAGAUACAUGACCGGAGGGCCCGGUUCCCGAGCAAUGAGGUGGAUGCCUCUGGAGAGACUGGACACAGCCCCGACCGUCGCUAUGCCAUGGUCCUGUUUCGGAUAACCAGCGUAUUUUACAUGCUGUGGCUCCCCUAUAUUAUUUACUUUCUUUUGGAAAGCUCCCGGGUCUUAGACAAUCCAACACUGUCCUUCCUAACAACCUGGCUUGCUAUAAGUAAUAGUUUUUGUAACUGUGUAAUAUACAGCCUUUCCAACAGUGUUUUCCGGCUAGGCCUCCGAAGGCUUUCCGAGACAAUGUGCACGUCUUGUAUGUGUCUGAAGGAGCAGGACACACGAGACCCCAAGCCCAGGAAACGGGCCAAUUCCUGCUCCAUUUGAAGAGAACUGCCCAGUAAAUCAAGUGUAAUGGAUAGUGGUUUGUGUUCAUAGUCUUGAUUCAUCUGGAAAUUUGCCACUAGAGAAAUAUUUACUUGAAUAGUAAUAUGAGAUGAAGGGACUAAAGGUUUCAUUUUUUUCUCUUUUUUCAUGGAGGAAAAAACUAAAGGAAAGGAUGUAUAGAGAGUAAUCUCAUGAGAUAAAUAUAGCAUGUGAGUAUCAAUGUGCAGUAGUGGGAAAAAUUAAGCACUGAGGAUGACAAAAGUAAGCCAGAUACUCCAGAGGAUGCGAGCCAAGCCCCUCGGUGUCUUUCUCUCUGAUUGAACUCUGUCCUCUGUCUUUGUCUCUGAUUCUUGUCUCUUUACUCUCAUUGUGUUUGUGGAAAUUACUUGCAUCGAUUUUCCUCUAUAGAAAAUUGCUACAUAUUAUAUAUGUGGCAAAGUAUAAUCUUUGGCAUCAAAGUGUACUUUUAAACACACUGAUCUGAAAUCCGUAAGUGGUCUCUCAUGGAUGUAUAGUAAGCAUUGUAUGUUAGUACCUGCCACACAACCCUUUUUGCUUGUGUUUUUAUAAUCUCCACAGCACACAUUUUCUGCCAUGAGCAAAAAACAAACAGUAUUUUUCUUUUAUCAGGGUAAAAUGAUGCUCCCCUCCCCUGUAUUCCUGCUGUAUUUCCCUUUAUCUGCAUCCUUUGGUACCUUAAUUCAGAAGUGUCUUAGCUAAUGAAAGAAUCUACUACAUAGAGCAAUCAAAAUGUUAAAUAAUUUAUUCCUUCCAACAAAGCAAUCAAUAACCAGUAUGAGAUAUUAUGUUAAAUCUUUUUAAUGGCUUUUCGAAACAUUUUUUCUGAUUUCUUUUAAAUUCUUUCACAUUCCCAAAGUGGUGUCCCUUUUGCUAUAUAGUAAAGCUUUGUUUUCCUUUAAUACAAUCAACAAAUAAUUCUAAUGCACAUGGUGAGUACUCACCCAGAAGUGAGGCAUUGCUCUUAAAGCUAUUUGGUGUGUCUUUUUUUAUUUUUAAGACUAAAAUAUUGACCUUUUUGUGUUAGGUUUACAAAACUUACUGUUCUGUCCACCAAUCAUCUGUGUAAUAUGCGUUUGCACAUAGUAUAUUUUUUACAACAAAGAAAAUGUAAAUGACAUUUUGUGAUCUGUGCCUAAUGUUUUCUUAGCACAAUAUAUAGAUCAAUGUUGCUUAAGUCACCAACAUAUGGAAAAAAUAUACAAAAACUUAUUUUAGUGAAAAAAUACUUUUGUGUAGCUGUUAUUUAGAUCUUUAUAUUAAAUCAAGCUGUAUUCUUAGUGCUGCUGAGAAUAUAAUAUACUUAAUUAUGAAAUACAGGUGACAGCUUUCAGUAUUUUCUUUUGUAAUGAUCUGUUUUCAUAUUCAGAGUUUAAAUUAGCUUAUUUUUUAGUGUGCUACAUGGAAUUGUGUAAUAAAUUGUCAGGGGUUUAGAUGUAACAAAAUGGCAUUUGGGAAUUAGUAGUGAAGCAGGUCUGAGUGGUAAAACAUGUAAAUCUUACUUUUUUUUUACCAUAAUUUUCCUGCCUGAUAGAUAUUUUAAAUUUUAUAUCAAACUACUACUGAGUAUUUUUCUUCUCAGCAUUUUUGAUUUGUUUGUUUUAUGAAAUGCAUUAAUGAAUGUGCCUACGGAAGCCAACCAUGUUGCACACUGGUGGUUUGACUUCAUAGGCCCUUUAGUGGAAAUGUCAUCAUUCUAUUGAGGUUGUUCUGAAACCCUGUAUAUUUUUUAAAAUGUAAGAAAGGUUUAAAAUAAAUAAUAAAAUAGUAUUCUAUAUAUCAAAAUCAGACUUUGCUCCAGUUUAAUAAAAUACUUAACUUGGAACAAGAGUUUACUUGUUUGGGAUCAAAAUUUAACUGUUUUAUAUUUCUGUGGUUUGGGUUGCUUACAUUAAUUCUUUUCCCCAGUUUGCAAUUGGCAUCUUGGAAAAGUUGAAAUGCACAUUUUAAGUUUAGAUCAGUUCAAUGAAACAUGAUAAUAUAACUUUUCAGUGGUCAUAAAUAGGACCUUCAACAUGUAUUAUUUGAGAACAAACACAUUUUGAUUCCUUAAGUUUGGAGUGUACAGAUAGUUAGAAAAGACUCAGAAGAUGACCUGUAUAGGAACCGUGAGGUCAUGUUUAUUGCAUUUUCCUCUUCUAGUUUUUUCUAAUAAUAAUUCUAACAACAGUUAUGCGCCAGGCACCGUGUUAAGUUUUACAUGUGAAAUUUAAUCCUACUAUGACUCUUUGAGAUAGCUACUGUUAUUCCCAUUAUAGAGAGGAGGAAACUAGAGAAAAGUGACUUAUCCAAGGUCACUCAAUAAAGUCAGUGUCAG